AUGAAUAUGAGAUACUUUGUGUAUUAUUCAUUCGUUAAUUAAAAUAUUAUGAUUGAAGGGUAGAUUAUUGAAUUCUUUUGGUUAAUGAGUAGUUUAGUGUUAUUUGGCUAUGCAAUAUUGUCGAAAUUCAAAUGGAAAGAGAACAUACAUUAGAAUCGCAAGAUUAGAAUGAAUAGCUAUAAAUCGUAGAAUUUACCUAGAAACUAAUUUGUGAUUGAAGAGGCUGAGGAACAACAGUAAUGCAAAAGCGAGGAGGAUCUUUCUUAACAACAGUAAUAAUAGCUGGAGGUAACGAAUUGA